CCCGGGUCCGGACCCCGCAGCCAUGCGCUCCCCGCAGCUGCCCGGGCUCGCGCUGCCGCUGCUGCCGCUGCUGCUGCUGCCGCCCGCGGCCUGCUCCCUGCGCGUGGGCGCGCCCUACGACCCGACCUGGGAGUCCCUGGACCGCCGCCCCCUGCCCGCCUGGUUCGACGAGGCCAAGUUCGGCAUCUUCGUCCACUGGGGCGUGUUCUCCGUGCCCAGCUUCGGGAGCGAGUGGUUCUGGUGGUAUUGGCAAAAAAAACAGAUUCCAGAGUAUGUGGACUUUAUGAAAAAUAAUUAUCCUCCUGAUUUUACAUAUGAAGAUUUUGGACCAUUAUUUACAGCAAAAUUUUUUAAUGCAAGUCAAUGGGCAGAUCUUUUUCAGGCUUCUGGUGCCAAAUAUGUUGUCUUAACUUCCAAACAUCAUGAAGGCUUCACCUUGUGGGGUUCAAAGUAUUCAUGGAACUGGAAUGCUGUGGAUGAAGGACCAAAGAGGGACAUCGUUAAGGAGCUUGAGGUCGCUGUUAGGAACAGAACCAACCUACGCUUUGGACUCUACUAUUCCCUCUUUGAGUGGUUUCAUCCGCUUUUCCUCGAGGAUGCUUCCAGUUUAUUCUCCAAGCGACAAUUCCCAGUUUAUAAGACCCUGCCUGAGCUUUACGAAUUAGUGGUCAGGUAUCAGCCGGAGGUCCUGUGGGCAGAUGGCGAUGGCGGAGGGCCCAAUUCCUACUGGAACAGCACAGGCUUCUUAGCCUGGCUCUAUAAUGACAGCCCAGUUCGAGACACAGUUGUCACCAAUGACCGUUGGGCAGCUGGUAGCAUAUGUAAGCAUGGUGGCUACUACACCUGCAGUGACCGCUACAAUCCAGGACAUCUUCUGCAACAUAAAUGGGAAAACUGCAUGACAAUAGACAAGUUGUCUUGGGGCUUUCGGAGGAAUGCUGGACUCUCUGACUAUCUCACAAUUGAAGAACUGGUGAAGCAACUUGUCGAAACAGUUUCAUGUGGAGGAAAUCUUUUGAUGAAUAUUGGACCUACACAAGAUGGUAUCAUAUCUGCAAUUUUUGAGGAGCGGUUGAGGCAGAUGGGAAGUUGGCUCAAAGUCAAUGGAGAAGCCAUUUAUGAAACCCAAACUUGGAGAGCCCAGAAUGACACUCUCACCCCAGACUUGUGGUACACAUCCAAACGUAAAGAAAAAUUGGUCUAUGCCAUGUUUCUAAAAUGGCCUGAGUCAGGAAAACUGUUUCUUGGACAACCUAAAGCUACUCUGCAGGCCACAGAGGUGAAACUCCUGGGGCAUGGACAGCCACUUCAUUGGACACCUUUGAAGCAAACUGGCAUUGUGGUAGAACUGCCACCGCUCACCAUUAAAGAGAUGCCUUGUCAAUGGGGCUGGGCCCUGGUACUAACAAAUGUGACCUAAGUUGCAGGGAAAUGGAUUCUACUGUGGGUAAAGAGAAAAUUGCUUCAGAAAAGUCCAGUAACUAUUUAGGCAGUUAAGUCUUCUUCCCUUGGAUCCCCCAAUCCUAUUGCCCUGCCCCCAGAUCACCCCCUUUACCCACAAAAUUAACUGCUUUGAACUCCAUAGUGCACUUUGUUAUGAAAAUCUUUCCAUUUUGGGCUUAUUCGCAAGGGUGAUUUGGAAGUGAGAAGUUUGGGAAAGAAGCUAGGAAGUGGCCGUAUUAAGGACUGUGUGUGUUUCUUGCCAAACUCAUCUGUUGAAGUCCUACUACCAAAAUGAAUGGAUUUGGAUAUAGACCAGGAAAGAGAAUCUCCUGUGAAAUGAAGUGUAGGGCCUUUAUCUAACAGGACUCAGGUCCAUUUGAAAGGAAGAAACAGGAUAGAAGCACACAGAGUGAAGACCACGUGAGAAUUCAGAGAACAAGUUCCAAGUCACAUCUGCCAACACCUUGAUCUUGUGCUGCCAGCCUCCAGAAGAGGAAAUAAAGGGCUAUAUUUGGGGACAGAAAAAGUACAGCAGGUAGGGCACUUGCCUUCCCUGCAGCCCACUUCUGUUCCAUGUACAUCACCUCACAAUGUCCUUGAACCCCAUCAGGAAUGAGCCCUGAGCACAAGGCCAUAAGUAAAACUUGAACACUACUGGUUGCUAUAAAUAUAAAUAAAAACAAUCAACCACCAAAAA